CCCGGGGAACAUUGUGCGUUGUUUACCGUGAAUUAUUUGGAAAAAAUCUAGCCAAUCGAUUUCCAGCGAUAGGAAAGCUAACACCAACUCAAUGCUAACCAAAAAAGAAAAACUUCUUAUCCGCCCAUGGCAGAUGCAGCGUUACUAUAACCAUCGCAUUAAAGUGGAAACCGCUGUACCGGCAAUCGACUUUCAUCCUCCGGCCGACCGGGCCCAUAUAACGCAAAAACUGAAAAAGCAGCAGAAGGAACGUGAGCGAACGGAGAAAAUCGAACGAGACAACAUAAGACUGCUGCAACGAUUGGGAUCAAUUAUGAGCACGAAGCGACUGGACAAUAUCUGGACUCAUGCGAGACCCAAUUUUCUAAGCCGAGAGUAUAUCUACGCUGUUCGUCCAAAAACAGCCGGCGCUACAUUGGAUCAUGGUCGCCGUAAAUCUUCUGCAUCGCGAUUGGACGAAUCGGAAAUGUCGGAAUCGUCUGGGCGACCAGUUCGUUGUAGCGCAUGUACUUAUCGCAUUUACAAACCAAACAAAGUGACACCAGAGGAACGAAUCCCCUGGGCUACGCAGCGAAAGACCACCAAUCGGAAAUUAAUAAACGAAGCCGAAUCAAAACUGCACGUUUGCUGCCGGUUCUGCUGCUGCAAAUAAUUGUAUGAUCAAUUCCCGUCGCUGACGUUAUUAACCUGUAAUACAUUUUGAUUGAAAUAAGUGCGAUUUCCUAUGAAAUUU